ACGAGUUGAUCACUAGCGCCAAAAUAUUAUCGCGAACUUGAUCGUCAAUAUCAUUACUUCCAAGCUCUCAAUUGCCCGACCCCGGAUCUCAAUUCCCCCAGAUUCGGUCAGAGUAGCAUUAGGGCCUCGAACAGAGCCUUGGGCGCAGUUCAAAGUUGCCCGAAAGGCUGCAAGCUACGUCUGCUUAAGUCUUCUCUCGGGCGUACUUCAACGCCCAGCUUCUCACAAGGCUACCAUGGCUUCAAGCAGUGCAUCGCCAGGUGGCGCUCUUCUGAGAGCAUCAAGGGUCUUUUCAAUUCCUCCUCCACUGCCCCGCCCGAUGGGUGAGCUUUCAGUCAGGGCAGUAUUCUCCUCCGACACUGCCACGCUUCCUCAUCCUACCCAGCUUUCAAUCACAACGCCUCCAUCGUCCAGGGCGAAAGGAGACUGGGGUUUCAAGCGUCCGUUACCUCUACGAGCCACAACGAAGACUUCCACGCCUUUUAUACGAGUCGAAGCUAUUGAUACGUUUGAGCACAUUACCGAAUUUGGUUCUUCUGCGGAUCAUGCUAUCUCGUUGCAGAAAUGGCAGGAGAUGGGCGUGGCGCUUACGGUACCUGUGAACAAGAAUACUGGUGGAUUUCGUCAUGAGGAGAGGAAGAGCGUGUUCGAGGAUAACAUGGAUUCUACAGUGGAGCCGGACAUUGAGUCCUCGAGAAGGGAGGAUGUGAGAUGGAAUUUCAAGGGGCCUUGGCUUGCAGGAAUGACCGAGGGCGAUUUCAACGCAUACCUCACAAGACAAAUUCGAGAUAAGAAGAGCGAGUUUCGCAAAUAUCUACGAAAAGCUUGUGCCAAAUCUUUGACAGCAGAAGCUCGCCGGAAAGCAAUUGGGGAAGAAGAACCUCCAGCUCCAACACUGGUGGAAGAUGUUACGGAACAGCAGAUGACGGAAUAUGUCAAGACCUUACGGCAUGACCGGACAGAGCUGUAUGGACUGAUCAGGACAUUCCUCGACCUUCCACCUGCUCCAUCGACUGUAACGGGAAAUAUGGAAGAGUUCCUCACGGAUGCGCUUAGCGGCAAAUCUAAACAAGGUGUCACAAUGGAACACGUACCGGAAUCAGCUUCACCAUAUGCCAAAACUGGCCCACCGAAAACUCAUCCGUCCGCUGGCUUGUCUUAUGGCCUCACAGAUGCUCAAGCUUUCAAUCACCCCGAAUUCGGUCCUCAGAAGUUCAAGUCUCCUGUCAAAGCCCGAGUGGUUCUUCCCAAGAAUGCGUCUGUUGGAAACUUUGCUCCAGCAUUAGGAGUGGGAGGAUUUGUGACCGCAGUCCCAGAGGGAACAGGCGGUUCAUUUAAUCCAAGCAAUACUAAAGUAUACAACAAUAGGAGCCAAAUCAGCUCCAUCCCUGGCGUCAAUAUGAUUGAGCCUGAGAAAGUCGGUGGCAGCAAGGUCUAUGUCGAGCCUGUGCACGCUCAAAUCGAUCCUAGCGGCAAAGUUGUUCUGAAUGUGCACCUAGCGGAUUAUGAAGCUAUAGCAGUAAAGGAGGGCACCACGAACCAGAUCAACCGAUCAUCCAUCAUAGCAGGUGGUUCAACGAAACCUGGGUGGAAGCCAGUUGCGGGAUUACAGGAGGCUGCUCAGGCUGGAUCAGUGUUCGCUAGGACUUAUGGGCUCACGAGGGACAGUGUAUUGUCUGAGAAUGCAGUAGCGAAGCGAGCGAGGGAAGCCGAGGUUGCUAAGGAUAUGGCAUCGCUAUUGACGGAAGAUGAGAAGCCAUUGUAGUUAGUACUUGGAUUGUAUAUUAUGCAUAGCGUGGUACUGUAGAAUAAGGACAAUGUACACCAUGAUCUACCUCCGAGCUUUAUUAUUUCUUAUUAGCUGG